AUGCUUUUUUCGUCUUUUCCCUUUGCUGCAUUUUCUGCUUCUUACAUCUUUCUCGCUUUUCUCCUUUUUAUCUUUUUCUUUUUUUGUCCUUCAGCUGAAAAAAGAGCUGAAAAAGAUUUUAAAAAUAUCUUUUUAGCUUUUUUGUCUCUUAUCACUUGUUUUUUCUUUCAUUUUUCUGCAUUUUAUGUAUUUUUUCUUUUUUUCUCCAUUUUCUGCUGUUUUUGCCUUUUACUUUUUCUACUUUUUAUCAUUUUUCUUUUUUCUGCACUCUCCGUCAGUUCAUCUUUUUCUGUCUCUUGUUUUUCUUCCAUUUUUGAUUUUUUAUGUUUUUUCAUUUUCUGCCUUUUUACUUUAUUUUUCUGUUUCUGUUUUUCUAAUUUUUCUUUUUCUGCUUUUUUACUAUUUCUUUUCGUUUUCUACCUUUGUUUAUUUUUUCAUUUUUUGAUUGUUUUAUUUUCUUUUCUUUUCUGCUUUUUUUCCUUUCUUUUUUCUUUUUUCUAUUUUCUUCCUUUUCAGCAGUUUCUAUUUUCUUUCCUUCUCUGCAUCCUCUAUUUUAUUCCUUUCAUUCUUUUUCUUAUUUUUCCUUUCCUGCUUUUAAAAAUUCUAUUUUUUCCAUUUCUGCUUUUUAUUAUUUUUUCUUCAGCUUUAGAAAAAUUUUUUAAAAAAACAUUGUUUUGUUUUGUUUUUUCCUUUCCGGCUUUUUUUAAAUAUUUUUACCUUUUCUGCCUUUUUUCUAUCGUUUCCUUUGCUGUUAUUUUAUUUCCUUUUCUGUUUUUUUUUUUUAAUUUUCUGCUUUUUUUUCAUUUUCUGCUUUUAUUCUAUUAUUUUCUUUUCUGCUUUUCUUAUUUUUGCAUUUCUGCCAUUUGCUAUUUUUCUUUCUCGGCAUUUAAUUUUUUUCUUUUCUACUUUUUUCCUGUUUAUAUUUUCCAUUUCAUCAAAAAAAAUUUUCCUUUUUUAAUUCAAUUUUUUCCUUUGUGUCUUUUUCUUUUUUCAUUUUUUCCUGCUUUUUUUCUUUUUCUGCUAUUUUUAUUUUUUACUGCCAUUUUUAUUUUCUCAUGUUCAGCCUUUUUUAUUUUUAUUUUCUGGCUUUUUAAAUUUUUCCUUUGCUCCAUAUUGUAUUUUUUCUGCCUUCUUUAUUUUUUUCUUUUCAGGUUUUUUAUUUUAUUUCCUUUCUGCCUAUUUGUUUUGUUUUUUUUCUUUUGCUGCAUUUUUUUCAUUCCAUUUUUUGUCUUUUUUCUGAUUUUUGUUUUACAUUUUAACAUUUCUGCCUUUUUCAUUAUUAUUAUUGUCACCUCUCUUCCAUUUCUGUAUUUCUGGCUUUUACCUUUUUCUGUUUAUGAUAUUUUUACAUUUCCUUUUUUCAUUUGUCUUCCUUUUCUGUUUUUUUGUCAUUUUCUUUUUUCUGCUUUGUUCAUUUUUUCCUUUUUAUUUUUUUUUUUUCAUAUUUUUCUCUCUUUCAUGUGUUUCACCUUUCUAUAUUUUUCCUUUUCUGCCUUAUUCACUAUACAUCCUUUUCUAUAUUUUUCACAUUUUUGCAUUUUACUUUUUCCACUUUUAUACUUUUUUCUGUUUUUUUUCACCUUUUUCAAUUUUGCUGUUUUUCAUCUUUUUUCCUUUUCUACUUGUUUCUAUUUUUUGUUCCUUUUAUGCUUUCCUAUUUUUCUAUUUUUUUCAUUUUUACUAUCUUUACCAUUCCUGUUAUUUCUUCUUUUUCUUUUUUUUUUAAAUUUGUUCUUUCUUUUUCUAGGUUUUUUUUUCCUUUUCUGCAUCUUUCUUUUAUCUAUUUUUACUUUUUUCACCUUUUAUCCAUUUCUAAUUUUUGUUUUCACCAUUUUUACUUUUUCUGAAUUUUUCCUUCUCUGGUCAUUUAAUCUUUUCUGUUUUUUUAUAUUUCACUUUUUUUAUUUUUUAUUUUUUUUUACAGUUAUCCUUUGA